AGUAAAAUGGCUGACCCAUUAAGUUUACUGCGUCAGUAUAACGUUAAUAAGAAGGAAAUAAUUGAAAGAAAUGAUCAAAUAAUAUUUGGAGAAUAUUCAUGGCCCAAAACUGUGAAUACUAACUACUUACUAUGGGGAUGUGGAAAAGAUGGUACUUCAAAAGAGUACUACACUUUGGAAUGUUUACUCUUUCUUUUAAAAAAUAUCCACUUGUCUCAUCCAGUGUAUGUCAGACAAGCAGCAGCAGAAUACAUACCUGUUGUAAGGAGACCAGAUCGAAAGGACUUACUUGCUUAUCUGAAUGGAGAGACAGCAGCAUCAGGAAGCAUCGACAAGAGUGCUCCUAUUGAAAUACCAUCACAAGUGAAACGUGUUACAGAUGAACUACAGAAUGACCAUGUUAAAAAACCUAGAUUUGAGGAAGAUCAGGUUCAGAGAGCCAAGGAACAACUUGCAGCAAGAUUGGAUGCUCCAAAAGAAUCUUCUGUCACGACAGAACAAAUUAGAUCUCGACUUUUGGAAGCUAUGUCAGUAGAGAGAAUUGCAGCCAUCAAAGCAAAACGUCUGGCCAAAAAGAGAGCAACCAUUAAAGGAGAUGAUGACAAUGGCUUGGGAAUUCCAGAUUAUCAGGGUAUUUUGGAGUAUGAUGUUGAUGUCACAAAGGAUAUAAUCAGUAGAGAGAGACAGUGGCGAACUAGGACUGUAAUUUUACAGAGUGCUGGAAAGAACUUUGCCAAGAACAUAUUUCCCUUGUUGCAAUCUAUAAAAGUCAGGGAAGAAGGUGGUGGACGGAAUCAACCCCAGGAAAAACUUCAGACACCUCGGGCUACUCCAGUGCAUCCUGUCCCACAGCCUACUGUGUAUAACAGAUAUGAUCAGGAAAGAUUCAGGGGGAAAGAAGAAACUGAGGGUUUUAAGAUUGACACUAUGGGUACUUACCAUGGAAUGACUCUGAAGUCUGUGACAGAAGGCACCCAACCAAAACGUGCUGCACCACCUGUCACUCCUCAGCAUCAUCCUGUUCCAGUGGCAGUGCCAAACAGAACACCUCAGAAACGUGUUUCCAAAACUCCUAUCAUCAUCAUUCCAGCUGCAACAACUUCUUUAAUAACCAUGUAUAACGUCAAAGAUAUUCUGCAAGACUUGAGGUACAUUACCUCAGAAGAGAAGAAAAAUCAAGGUUGUAAAAGAGAAAAUGAAGUUCUAAUUCAGAGGAGAAAGGAUGUAGGCCUUACAGUUCCUUAUCGUGUUAUUGAUAAUCCACUCAAACUUGCUCCAGGUGAUUGGGACCGCGUAGUGGCAGUUUUUGUUCAGGGACCAGCCUGGCAAUUUAAAGGUUGGCCAUGGGAUGGAAACCCAGUGGAAAUCUUUGCAAGAAUACGAGCAUUUCAUUUGAAGUGGGACGAAAUGAGACUGGAUAGUAAUGUUGCUAAAUGGGCAAUUCACAUAAUACAGCUGAGUAAGCAGAAGCGUCAUUUAGAUCGUGCUAAUCUCCUGAAGUUCUGGGAAGUCUUAGAUAGUUUUAUGGUGAAACACAAACAUCAUCUUCGUUUCUGAGAAACAUUUCAGAAAACUGAGUACACGUACAGUUGUGGAAUAACAAAAUAUGGAUAGCGUUUGAUGUGAAUUGAGAAAAUACUGAAGAGAAAAGAGUUCUGUGUAAAGGGUAACACAUUUUUAUAUGUUAUUAAAAGGUAGUGGUGUGCUAAAAGAAAGCACUACAUAUGUAUCUAGUGAGUAUUUCACCUGAAGAAACCUGAUGUAUUGUACAUAUACCAUAAUAUAGUUUAUGUUUUCUUUUCUGUUACUUUUUAUAGGAAAAAUCUGUGGAAAUUAUGUAAAUAUUUAAGUUAUGUAAAGCAACUGAGCUUUCUCUUAAUUUUUGAGUUAGCUUAAAGUUAUUGAUUUCUUUCCCUGUGUUCUUUUGUACAAUAGUACUUCGUUGCUCAUGGUGUGGUAUUUUUUGGUUUUUCUUAUUAUUACUCUUAAUAAUUUGUUGUAGUUUUCACCAAAAUUACAUUUAAGUAGUGACAUUUGAAGAAAACUGCUUUUGUUAACUUUUGUUAUGAAUCUUUUCCCCCCCACACCAUACCAGAAUUUAAGUUUAUUAAAAAGUGGCUUUCAUCUAGCUUGUGUAUAAUUUGAAGAAACAGAUUAUGCGGGGUGUUGAGAAAAAAAUUAUUGGACUAUUCUCUAUAUCAGUUGGAGAUAGUUAUUAUCAUUGUUUAAAAACUUUGUGUAAAAGCCAAGUAAGGAAGCUUCUGUUUUGAAAUUGUUGUAGUAUUAUUGAAUGUAACUGAAUUGAUUACCAAUUUUGUACCUAAAAUUAAUUCAGUUAGUAAUUCAUUAUUAGUCUUCUCUUAACCCUUUCCAGACUGGCCAGUACCUAGCUUUCAGGUGUUGAGUACAUAUCAAAUUUCAAGAUUAUAGUAAAAAUAAUACUUUUAAUUCUGUUGAAACAAUUUUAGAACUGAUAUUUUGUCAUUUUGUAAUAUUCAUUUAUUGUAAUUUGUAAUAAAAUGAAAACAAUAUUGAAACUCAUUUUUGUUCUGUAAACAACAAACCACAUAGAUUUCUUUUUACAAGUUUCUAGCCCAUUCCAGAAUGUAAGUUUAUAUUGACAAAAAAAUUAUUCUUUGAGAUUGUAGUUAUCCAUGUUUUAUUUCUUACUGAUUUUCUUUCUCUUUUACUGAUAUUAUUAGUGCAGCUUUUCAUUCGCACCCUUUUAUGAUUUCAUAGCAUGUGAUAUGAACAACUAUUAAAGAAGUUCAUGUUUGAAAGUAGCUACAUGCAAAGUUUAAAUACUAUUGGAUAGAGCAGAUUAUAAACUUUUUAAUCAGUGUAAAGUGAAUAAAGUGGGGGUGAGAAAGUGACUAGAUGUAACUCUUCAGAGAACAAUAACGGAAUCUUAUGGAAAGCUUAGGAAACCUAGAAACAAACGACAGGUCUGGAAAUUUUUUGAAGUUGCUUUAAAUAUUUUCUUUGUUCCUGUAUUACUUAAAAUUUCUAAUAUUAUUCAUGUACACAAGUGCCAUUUAAUAUAUAUACAUAUUCUAGUGUUACAUUAUCUUUGUAUGAAAAUUUUAUUCUAUGACAUCAGUACCGUAGGCAAUGCCAGAAUAUUCCAGUGAUUCAAAUCUGUAUUUAUUGAAUGUUAUUGUUAAGUUUAUCUUAUUAAAACAAUGUGCAUAAAUAAAAUAAUUUAUUAUAUAUUGAAAAUGAAUUAUAUUUGUUACAUAUAAAUUUAUGUCAACCAUUUUCAGAGGUCAGGUCCUAGAUCACUGAUAAAUCUUUGUCAAUUUUUGUGGUGUUUUAUGAUUUAUAGUUGGAAGUGGUGAAUAAUUCAAUAGGAAAAAUAAACAACCAAAAGAAAUAUCAUAAAAUGUGAUUUGCUGAUCAAGAAUAAAAGAUUUUAAUUCUAAUAUAAUGUAUUUUUAGUGACUUUUUCAAACAGUGUCUCACAACAAAAUUUUGGAACUUUCACGUCUUAAAAAUGAUAGAAAAACUAAAUUAGAUUGUAUAUAAACUUCUUAAACUAGAUAUUAUUUAAUAAGUUUCUAUAAGUUUCAUGCAAAUUAUUUAAGUAUUUCUACUGUGAGAAGGAAAAAAAAAUCAGUGAAUAUCCUUCCAGUCUGGAAAGGGUUAAUCCCUCUUUGUAAUGUUAAAAUAUAUGUAAAUUUCUUUGAAGUUAAAGAUGUAAGUGGAACUUCAUUUAUGAAUAAUCGAACUGCCAUUCUGACUCUCCCUCCAAAAGUAUUUCAUUUAACAAAAAAUAAAAUAAAAUUGGAAAUUUCCGUUAAACAUUUCAUCUAAUAGUAGUAUAAGAACAACAAGUCUAUAUUAAAACAAAGGAAAAUUUAUAAAUUUCAAGAGGUUAACUGUAUCAUGCAAUUAAACUUUUUAAUUCAAAAAAUAAAUAUUAAGUGAUUUGAUUUUUCCUUGUUACAGAUGAGAAUGAUUUGCUUAUUAUGAUGGAAUAUGUAUUUAUCAUCACUGUUUUUUCCCAUAUAAAAAAAUAUUACAAGACAGUAAAAAUGUGGAACGUACAUUUGCAAGUUUAUUUUUGACCUGUGAAUUACUUGAAAACAAAGAUAAAAUUACUAUGAUUGAUGUGCUUUUUAAAUAUGCAAGUAAUCACUUGAUACAGUUAUUCACAAAAGGCACUAUAAAACGUAUACAGUGCUGUUAGUAGUUUUUAAGCACAAAUUUUGUAUUGUUCUUUUGCACAUUUGUUGACAAAUGAAUCUUUAUAAAAACUAGUUUUUCUCUGUUGCAAGUGAUCAAUAAAAGUGUUUACAUACAAUUUUAGUGAAAACAUCAUGUUUUAGGAAUGAAAUAUUUCAUUAAACACAGCAUUUUAAACUGUUUACAUUUUUGUAUAAAUACUAGAAAUG